CUUUGGGUUUGAUAACAAUAACACAACCAAACAAAAUGAUUUCUAAGGUUCUAUGCUUUGCUGCUCUGGCAGCUGUAGCCUCUGCCCAGUUUGAACAUGGCUAUGGCCAUGAACACCAUGGUCUUGAACACCACGGCCAUGAACAUCACGGCCACGAACAUGGCCAUGGCUUCUCGUCGCAGCACAUCUCCCGACACGACGGCAAACCCGAGAAAGUCAGUGUUCACUUACAUGGAGAUGAACAUGGUCACGGACACGGUCACGGUCAUGAACAUCAUUAUGAUUAUUAUGCUUACCCUAAAUAUGAGUUCGAGUACAAAGUGGAGGACAAGCACACCGGCGACCACAAGACCCAGCACGAGCACCGCGAUGGUGACGACGUGAAGGGCUUCUACUCCCUGCACGAGCCCGACGGCUCUGAAAGGCACGUCGACUACCACAGCGACAAGCACACCGGUUUCCACGCCACUGUGAAGCACAGCACCCAUCAUCUGGUCCCCGAACAUCAUCAUUUACACUAUACCUACAUACAUUUUGGUCUUACUAAUAUUGGGUUAAUAAUCUUCCAGGUUGCUUGCAUCCUCGCACUUGCGUCGGUGGUGGCUGGCCACGGCCAUGCCUUCUCCUCGCAGCACAUCUCCAAACACGACGGCCCCGCCGAGAAGGUGGCGGUGGGACACGGCCACGGCCACGAAGUGCACUAUGACUACUAUACUCAUCCCAAAUACGAGUUCGAAUACAAAGUAGAGGACCCUCACACCGGCGACCACAAGAGCCAACAGGAGCACCGCGACGGAGACGUCGUCAAGGGCUACUACGCCCUGCACGAGCCCGAUGGUUCUGUCAGGCACGUCGCCUACCACGCUGACAAGCACACCGGAUUCCACGCCGAUGUGAAACACAGCACCCACCAUGUCGUGCCCAAGCACCACCACUGAAGACCUGAGACCUUAGUCAUACUGUGAUCGUUUGUUGGACUGUGAUGUUGUUACUUUUCUACCAAAUACACUU